GCGAUUAUUUAGCGCUUUCUGCCUCAGCCCAAUCUAGUGCGCGUAUCGCUUCGGCAUUUGGAAAACAGAUCUGCUUGCUAUCAGCUGUUUUAAGAGUUUUCUACGUCUGGUGAAACGAAUAUUUGGCAAAUUGUACUGCAAUGGCCUGCACAGUGGUUCCGAACGCGAUCUUCAAGAAUGGUAACAGUAUCCCCAUGAUCGGCUUGGGCACCUGGAAUUCACCUCCGGGACAAGUUGCGCAAGCUGUGAAGGAUGCGAUCGACAUCGGGUACCGGCACAUCGACUGUGCCCACGUCUACCAAAAUGAGCAUGAAGUCGGAGAAGGGAUUGCAGCCAAAAUUGCCGAGGGCGUCGUGAAACGCGAGGAUAUUUUUGUGACGAGCAAACUGUGGAACACCUUUCACCGGCCGGAUCUGGUCGAAGGAGCGUGCCGGACGACGCUGAAAAACCUCAAGCUGGAUUAUCUCGAUCUGUACCUCAUUCACUGGCCCGUCGGCUACAAGGAAGGACCCGAGCUGUUUCCCAUGGGCCCGGACGGUAAGACGUUCGAGUUUUCCGAUGCCGACUACGUCGACACCUGGCCCGAGAUGGAGAAACUCGUCGAUGGGGGUCUGGUGCGCAAUAUCGGUUUGUCCAAUUUCAACACGAAGCAGGUUCAGCGUGUGUUGAACGUGGCCCGGAUCGCACCGGUCACGAAUCAAAUCGAGUGUCACCCCUAUCUGCACCAGUCGAAGAUAACGACGUUCUGCGCUGCACAGGGCCUAAUCACGACCGCUUACAGUCCUCUUGGUUCGCCGGCCCGACCCUGGGUGAAGGCAGACGAUCCGGUCCUGUUGGAUGACGCCACGGUCGCACAGCUGGCCAAAAAGUACGGUAAAUCACCGGCACAGAUUUUGAUUCGCUACCAGAUUCAGCUGGGCCACGUGGUGAUCCCGAAGUCGGUGACCAAGGAGCGCAUUGCGUCGAAUUUCGAUGUUUUUGGGUUCCAGCUGGAGAACGGCGACGUGCAGCUGCUAGCAGGACUGGAGCGAAAUGGUCGUAUCUGUCCGGAAACGAGCGCUUUCGGGCAUCCGCACCAUCCGUUCGAAAAGGAGGAAUAAUUUGUCAUAACUUUUAAUCGUAAAAAUAAAAUAUUCAAUAAAAAUUCA